AUGGCUGCGGCAAGACUGCCCGACUACUAUAAGAUACUUGAGGUUGAACAAGAUGUUGACCCAGAGGCCCUCAAGCGUGCUUACAAGAAGAUGGCAUUGAAGUAUCACCCUGAUAGGAAUAGAGGACAGGGUGAGAAGGAUUCAGAAGAGAGAUUCAAGUUGAUAUCAGAGGCAUAUGUUGUGUUGUCAGACGCUGCGAAGAGGAGAGAUUAUGAUUAUGAAUUGAGAGCGAGUAAGGAACAGCCAUUUGCCAAUGGCUUUGGUAAUAUCAAUAUAUCGACAGGUCGUUUCAAUCGACAUCACAUGGACCAUGACGAAGUGUUCGGCAUGUUCAACAGCUUCUUCAGCAGGUCGUUUGGUCACAACAUGUCCUCGUUCCACUCAUCCGCUCCCGACCCCUUUGCUCAUCCAAUGUUCAAUGAUCCCUUCUUCAUGGGAGCUGCCUCAGCAAGUAGGUCACCAUUCCAAGCUCACAGUCGUGCUCAUAAUCAUAAUCACAACAGCAAUAUCCACAACUAUCAACGAUCCAAUGUCAAUUUCAGCAAUCUUGAUGAAGAUGACAUUGGCCAACAACAUCAACAGUUUCAUCAACAGCAGCAACAACAACAACCUCAACCUCAACCUCAACCAAUACCUCAACCUCAACCUCAACCUCAACCGACACCUCCAAGGAAGGUCGUACACAACACAACAUUACACCUCUCAUUCAAGGAAUCAGUGCAUGGCGCAGAGAAGCCAGUCUCAUUCAAGGUCAAGGUCGAGUGUGGACAUUGCCAGGGCACUGGCUCAUCGACCAAGCAACGUGAAUUCAUAACCUGUCAGCGAUGCAAUGGCAAUGGACGCAUAACAAGCUUCCUCUUAGCCUUCCAAUGCGACAUGUGCAAUGGCAAUGGUGUCGCACUCAAGAACACUUGCAACUUCUGUCUUGGCGAGGGCAUAGUCAAACAAGAUUACGAUGACUCUGUAAUCAUUCCAGCGGGUAUAGCCAGUGGCUCAAGUCAAGUGGCAGUGUUUAGGAUCAAGAGACCAAAGUCGGCAAGCUUUGAUGAGCAUGAAUUACAUAUCAAGUUCACGGUGGAGCGACAUCAGUUCUUUGUUAGAGAUGGUAGUAAUGUGAUCAUCACAGUGCCACUGGCUUCAACACAGGCAUUGUUUGGAUGCAGCAUUGAUGUGCCAACUAUAUACGGCAGGAAUGUCAACAUCACUGUACCAAACUAUGACAAUCAAUCACAAUAUGGCAUCAUUGUACAUAGGCAAGGAUUCAAAGACCCCGAUGGACACAAUGUCGUAGGCGACAUGAUUGUCAACUUCCAGAUAAACCUACCCACUCUAUCAGGACUGACAACGAGGGAGCGAGAGUUGUAUAAGGAGUUGAUGAUGUUGGAACAGACGCGACUGACUAAGAACCAGACGCAGUACUAUGACUUUAUGAUACAAUGGGCAGGCGAGCAAUCACCCUACACGCAAAGGUCGGCAAACAACAACAAUCCAACUUGA